AGGUCAUGGUCAAAACUACAUUUCUUCAGAAAAAUGCAGAAGUAACAAGAACAAGAAUGGCGGGUAUUUGACGGCACUGACUUUGUAUUUAGUGGACAAUGGAGGAUACAGAGAUCGAAGUUGAGAAUAGGGUGCAAUUACAUGAGAAAUGUGGUUCAAAAGAAGAACCAGUUUGCCCAGUGGAAUGUGCUGUUUGUCUUCAACCUUGUAUCCAUCCUGUCCAGUUGCCCUGUAAACACAUUUUCUGCUUCCUUUGUGUCAAAGGAGCUGCUCACCGAAGCAAGAGAUGUGCUUUGUGUCGUCAGGAUAUAGAGUCAGAAUUCUUUGAUAAUCCAACACUGUUACGGUAUGAAGAUUUAGAACAGACCAAAAAAUAUGACAAUCAGUACCAGUGGUUUUAUCAAGGUGGAAAUGGUUGGUGGCAAUAUGAUGAUAGAACAAGUCAAGAAUUGGAAUCCAAACACAAAAAUGGAGAAAAGGUUUUUGAAAUCUUAAUUGCAGGAUUCCUUUACAUAAUUGACUUUGAGAAUAUGGUACAGGUGAGACGCAAUGACAGAUCAAGGAAAAGGAAAAUUCGUCGCGAUCUUGUAUCUAUUCCUGGGGUUAAGGGUGUCGCAGGAUUGAAAUAUUCAAAGUCUGCCUCCCCCUCCCAUGGUAGACCUGUCGGAGAUGGCAACGAGCAGUCUCAUCAAACCAAUCCUGGUAAUCCUAACCAAAAUCAAACAUCCAGAACUUUGACUCAAAAUCGUCAACCCCGCAUUUCUCAUGGUCAGCCCUCUGUGCCCCGCACCCCCAGUAACACCCCACAGACCCCUAAUACUCCUGUAGACAGUCCACCCAGCAGUGUUCAGUCCUCCCAACAAGAUCUCACCAGUCAGCUACAAAAUCUUAACCUGCAAAGUGAUGACUCUGACACGAAUGAUGUGGCAAUGGUGAGGCAUGUCCCAACAGGAAGUAAUGAAAAUAGCCCUCCGUCGUCUAGAACCCGGAGUCAUGACACAGUCCGUCCAACAAACCCAAGGAGUAAUAGGAGCGAUCAGAAUGAACAGUACAGUGAUUCUGAUUCCAGUGAUGAAGAUAUUGUGUGAAACCUUAGAAUUCAUGUUGUGAGUUAGUGGAAGAUAUAUAUUGUAAACUUUGCCAUAAUAGGAAAAAAAAAAAAGGUAAUAUUUUCUCGUUUUCGGGGAAAAUUAAUUACCUGUAUUAUUCAUUUUGUAGACUGUGGUUCACUAAAUAGUUGCAAUAGAAAAUACUUUGUAGACAAAAUAUUGAUCUUUAUGUUGAUCUAUAAGAAGCCUUAUCAGUCACAGUGUUUUGUUGGUACAUGUAUUAUACAGUAGCAUAUAGAGAAGUUCUUUAGAUAUUUUGUAGAUUUAUUUCUUUAGUUUACCAUUCCAUCAUUAGCAUUGGAAAUCUCUUUGAUUUGAUUUUCCUAAAUUAAAACAAUUUUUUUUAAUAGUUUUGUAAAUCAUGGUUUAUUAGGGCAUAUUUAUUUGUACCGAAUUUCAUGUCUCAGUAUUGUUACACCUAUUUAUAUUGACAUGAAAGUUUGAGCAAACCCUAUACCAUUAAUUUAUUGUUAUUUUUUGUUCCUACACCUGCAUGCAACUAGAGCUCUUGUUUAAGUUUUGUUUGGCUGAAAUUGUGUACAUAUAUAUUGCAUCUGCAAUCGUUUAAGUCACCAGUACCAUUAAUUACAGGGGCAUUUUUAAAAAAGAUUAUAUCAGAAUUUCUUUUAACUGUACAAUUCUUAUUCCAUUCCAGGUGUUUAUUUUUUAAAAAUGAAUGGAAACAAAAGUGCUUCUUAAAAUUAGUUUUUGUACUUUUGUGACCCCAAUAUUCAGUGUUGUUUUCUGUAUCAGACAAAAUUUAUCUUCAUAUAAGAAAUUACAUGUUCACACCACUGUUGUAAUAUCAGUGUGUCAUAUAGUGCAGAUUUUAUUGUGUUUAUUUGUUCAAAUGUUUAUUUUCCCUUAGAAUAUUUUAUUUACAAAAGCUGUGUAGUUGGUUUAUUGGCAUGAAAUGCAUUAUUUAUGUAGAGGAUAUGUAUACAUGAACUAUUUCUCUGUGUGUGAUACAAAGUUCAAGUGAUUAAAAAAGUGCUUGUUUAAUUUC